AGUAUAAAGCCCCGAGUCGGCCACACUGUGUGGCGCGGCGCGGCGUUGCUCUGAGUGCGGGACUGAGUCAGAAAAGUUGUCGAAAUAAGAGGCGAAACAACCAUGGCGUCCACCAUAUAUCUCUCCAUGCUGUUGCUCUGCGCAGUGUGCUAUGCUGCAGAGGAGCAAGGACCAGCUCUGGAAAGGUGUACGCAAGAUGACCCAAACGUCAACGAAUGUCUGAGGAAGGCCAUUCAGUCUGCGAUAAGGUCCCUGAAGGACGGGUAUGCGCCUUUGGGAAUGGUACCGUUGGAUCCAUUGGUCAUCGAGCAGCUGGUCCUCCUCUCUCCAGAGAACGCCAAGUGUGACCUCAACAAGUACGACGUGGUCGGCCUCACAAAUGUCAUUUGCGAGGAGGCAUCGUUCGUUGUGACGGGAGACAAGUCUUUCAGGCUGACCUUCGACUUGCUCCUUCCCCAGUUCGAUGCUGCCGGGACGUACAGCAUGGAAAAGGGAUUCCUUGGCAACAAGAAACCAAACCAAGGCUCCUUCACAUUCAACUUGACCGAGUACCGAGCCAACUUCGUCUUAGAUGGGGCUUUGAGCACUGCAAGUGAUGGUCAAGAGUACGCUACUCUGACGGGAGUGUCAUCAAGCUUCAAUGGCGGAAUCAACCCCAGAGUCCAUUUUGAGAACUUGAGCCAGGGGCGCAACAAGCUGUGGAACAGAGCGCCCCAAGGCGUGCUGCAAGGCUACAAGACAGCCAUCGACCAGCUGCACCCCAUCCUCGCGCAGACCUACUCCAACCUUCUGUUCCAGAACGUGCCGUUCGCAUACCUGUUUCCUCCAACCAAAACUGCGGUUUAAAAGAAUUGUCAUGUAAUUGUAGAGGUUUGACGACUUACAGCGGAGCUAACGAGUGUCA